AUGCCCGACUGGCGAGACGACUACCUGACCUCGCUGCAGGACGCAGAGCGCAACAACCCCGUGAACAAGGACCUGGUGGAAGCCUGCUCCCAGCUCGCAGACCGCGUCGCCGCGCUCGAGGCCGAAAAAGCGGUACUGCAAGGCUCCCCCACGAGCAAACCCACCAAGACCACUCCCACUGCCACCACCACCACCACCACCACCACUACCGUCGCCGCCGCCGCCGCCGCCGCCGCCGCCGCCACAGCGACUCCCACUCCCACCCCGACCGCCACCACAGGAACAACAACAGCACCAGCAUCAGAUCCAGCCACAAUAGCCCAGCUCCGCCUCGACCUCGCCGAAGCAUUACGAGCGCGCGGCCAAUUACAAAACAUGCUGCGCGCCGCGGACGAGGAGCUGCGGCGGCUGCGGGCGCGGACCAAGGCCGACGGCAAGCGCGUCGCCGACCUGGCGGCCGAGCGCAACUCCAUACUGGCGCGCCUAAAGGACCGGAGUGAGGAGCUGGCGGGGAAGAAUAAAUUGUUGAAGGACGUCCAGGACGACAACCUGACGCUGAAUAUCCAGCUCGAUGUCACCGAGCAAAAGGUGGCCAAGGUGCAGGCGGAGAACAAGGAGCUCGUGGACCGGUGGAUGAAGAGGAUGGGACACGAGGCGGACGCCAUGAACCGCCAGAACGAAUCGCCGCACAAGCAUACGAGAUGA